UAUGCAUGUAUAAUUUCCAGGAGUUUUUGUGCGGCUGGAGCUGGCAGGCUCCGAGGAAAGCCGGCCCGGGGGGCUCCAGCCCCGGCCGGGACCCCGCGGGGCAGGUGAGCCGGCGGUGCGGCGGGGGGCAGCCCGGACCUCAAGGAGUUACGGAGCACGAUUACUUCAUGUUCCCACCGGCCGCUUUCGGCUGCCCCCCCCGGCCCGUUUCACAAUCCCGGCUCUCGAGCAGCCCUGUCAAGCCGGGCACGCUCCGAGAGCACACACCCCCCCGUGUUCUCAUGCCGGAUUUUCCCAAAGCCAUGAAUAAUCUCGAAGCCCCCUCAAUAAAUACACGUUCAGGGAUGCCCGGAGCUCAUUCAACCCGCCAGCCUCGCCGACGAGAAGGGGCCAGGGCCGGAGCUGAGAAGAAGCCGCACCAUGAAGUUUCCCCGGGACUGUGGCUGCGACCGUGCCCGCGCCGGCCGCCGCCGGCCGCCCGCCCUCCGCGCCGCGCUGCUGCUGCCGCCGCUGCUGCUGCUGCUGCUGGUGCCGCGGGCCGCCGCCGCCCCGCUGCCCAACGCAGACUCCUCGGGGGAGGCCGAGCUGGACGAGGCGGCGGCGCGGCGGGCGGCGCUGCCCGACAGCCUGCGGCUGGCGCGGCUGCUGCACGACCGGGCGGCACAGCUGCAGGACGAGAUGUGCGAGAAGUUUACCGUCUGCCAGAAUAGCAUGGAAAUGCUCCUCCACAACAACCUCAACCUCCCCAAGGUGACGGAGGAAGAUGGGUGUCUGCUCGCCGGCUUUAAUGAGGAUAAAUGCUUGAGAAAAAUCUCCAGUGGACUUUAUACAUUUCAGACAUACCUCAAAUACAUACAAGAAACUUUUAUUAGUGAAAACCAAAACGUUGAAUCGCUAUCCUAUAGUACAGAGCACCUGGCACGUACCAUAAGACGGAUGGUGAUCAAUCCCGAAGAAGUGAUCAUCCCAGAUGCAGCCACCCAGGAAUCCCUCCGCACAAAGCUGAAGUCCACUAAGGCCUGGACAGAGAAAAUCACCAUCCAUCUCAUCCUCCGAGAUUUUACUUCAUUUAUGGAGAAGACAGUGAGGGCCGUGCGCUAUUUGAAAAACACCAGGAGUUUCAGUGCUUGAAUGUUUUAGUUCAGGCACAAUCCUUUUGUUACAAAUCUGUCAGGUGGCA